GCUGCGUCCUUAUCGGGCCCCUGGGAAUCGCGCAGGACGCCAUCGGUCGCGUAUCAGAGAGCCUAACGCCAGUUCCGUUCAGCGCAGUUCGCUUAAUGGCCCUCGUCCACUCGCGCUUUUGCCCUGCGCGGAGAAAUCAGUCCGAAGGUAUAGAACCGCGCCUGCUCUCCGGUCACGUCGCAUGAGACGACCGACGGUUGGUUGGUCGUUCCUGCGCAGUGCAUUGGAAGUGAGGAGCGCGGUAACGACGAAUGGUGAGGGGCAGUUCUGACGCGCUGCGAUACCAUAGGGCAGAACGUUUCAACCCGCAUGACGUUGUGCUGCACGUAAGUUCGAAGCCCAAGUGCAGGCGUUCUCGCGUCGCUUCCUUGGCCCUGCCCACUACACCGCGCGCACCUGGCCGACUUCCCGUGCGCACGAGAAGAGAAACCGCCAGCAGGGCUCAAGCUCAAGCAAACAGUCACCCAACAGGUUUGCGUGUUGGGCAGAUGACAGCAGCCGCCGGAGUUUCGGCGUUGGAAGUGGCGACAGACAGUCCUCGUACAAGACGUCCGUGAAGCGCGCCGCGCUGACAUUUUGCUGCCCAACCAUGACUCGGAGAAUGUUCCUGCCGUUGGUCGUCACCGCUGUAUUUCUGAGCGCCAAGGCUCAGGACGGCAACGAAUGUAGCUGCGUCGUGAUGCUGCAUCAGGAGGGCGCCGAGCCGGUCGAACUCUACAAGGAGUGCACCUCCAUUGUGGGCAGCUUGUGCACCGAUGCCGACUUUGAGUUCUGCAGCCAGUUCUGCAAGAAAGAGAUGUCGGCAUUCACAGGCAACCUGGAUGCGAUGUUCGCACCCACGAACGUGUCGGUUGGCCAGAGCCUGUGCGACAUGGCCAAGAAGCCGGUGACCGGUGGGCUCGUCAAGCUGGCCGCCUUCGUGUGCGAUCAGGACGUGCGGGAUGUUGACGCGCAGCAGCCGCAGAAGCUCUGCUGUGACAAGGAGGUGCGCUGGGAGCGCUGCAAGGGCGACAGCGGCAGUGCGGGGACCACGGCCGCACCUCGCCGAGCGUAGCUGUCGUCACAAGCAGCGGAACGUAGAGCCUCCGACGUCCGCAGCCUGUAACACGUCGCCGUGCCGCGCAUCUCGGAAGCUGUGCGGCUGCAGCGCGUCUGCUCUGAAGACAUCUUCUACGUGACACGGCCCACCUUUCUUUUUUCGCGCACUCAUUUCCCUAUCUCCAUGCCAUUUGGACUGACGUUCCUAUUGUUCCUAUUGCCAAGCACCGCGUGACGAAAUAACGAAUGCAAAAGCAUUCAUGGUCGCGAUCAUACGACCGCCGAUCCACACGGCGCAACGUCGCACGACUGAAGUUGCUGGCUUUGCGUUAUCUAUAGGAGGCGUUGGCACAGGCCCCUGCAAGGCGGAACACUCUUGACUGUUAUCACGCGUUUCCCGUGAAUACUUCAGAUCAUGCGUAACAGCAGUACUCUACUGUGUAUUGCAUAAUCCGUCUGAAGAACGUGCGACUACCGCUUGCGAUAAUGUCGCAGGGAGACAAAAGACGCGACGGGGAGCAAAGUCAAGUUACCGAAGUUAGCUGACAAGAAAUAGUGUAGGGGUACAACUUGUCACACACGCACACACAGACACCCACCCACACACACACACAAAUGUAAAGGUUGCUCGGCUGUUGUCUGCCAUGGUCGGCUGCCCUGUGCUUCUCAGCGAUAGGCUAUGCAUAUACGCGCGUUCCCUGUUGCUGUACCCUUGAUUGGACGAGCCACGACUGCAGCCUCUACGACAACACGUGCGAGGAAUCACUGACCGUGAAGAAUGCUUCGAUAGGUACUGUGUGACAGAGACCUUCGGGCGAACGGUCGUCAUGUGCUGCUCACUGAACCGGCUGACAAUCAAACUUUGAUGCGCCAAGACAUCGUGGAUUCGCUUCCGAUCCAGUAAAUGUUUUGCCUAAGUGCA